AUGGUCAAAGCUACUUCCUUCACCUUGCUGGCUGCUGCUACCCUAGCAAUUGCUGAUCCAACCGUCUAUCUAAUCCGCCACGGCGAGAAGCCUGAUGAUGGAAAUGGCUUGAGCGCGCAGGGUGAGCAGCGCGCUCAGUGUCUUUCCAAUGUCUUUGGCUCCAGCUCCGGCUACGACAUUGGCCACAUCAUGGCCCAGACUCCCCAGAGUGAUGGCAGCCGCCAGCGUCCUUUGGAUACUGUGCAGCCCCUUGCCGAAUCCCUUGGCCUCACUGUCGACACUUCUUGUGACCGUGACGACCCUGGAUGCGUUAAAGACGUGGUCACUGGAUACACCGGUUCCGGCAACAUUCUCAUCUGCUGGGAGCAUGAUGCUCUCCAUGACAUCGCCAAGAAGCUGGGUGAUGAUAACGCGCCUCAUUACGACGGCGAUGACUUCGACAUUAUCUGGACUGAUCCCUCUCCUUACGACGACAUCACUUCCAAAGAUAGCGAGAACUGUCCUGGUCUUGAUGGCUAA